ACGCCCCGCUUGAGUUGAGCAGUCUGGGAAACUCCAAACGGGCUAGUUAGAUAUGCGAACAUAAGCAAUGAAAUCUUCCAUUCUUUAGCUGAUCUAGGCUUAGCCUCGAAUCUGCUUCUAGAAGCGGUGCCGAGAACAUAUUACAUGCGUGCUUUCCUACAUUCAAGGCACGAGAAACAAAACAAGCCCCGGUUAUCAACUUGUAGAGUUCCGUCGUUCUGGGGCGCUGACCAAACCUGCUUCUAUUGUUUUGAUAGCUAUAGCUAACGUUAGCUAGGCGUUUUUCUUUCUUCGACGCGGUUUUUCCCUUUAAGUUUGUGGAAGUUUUAAACGAAGGGGACAAACUGGGAGCUUAUCGUUUUUCAUCUCUUUUGUUUUCCUUUGUUCGGCAGUGGGAGGGACUGCGAGCCGGAACUAGCGUUAGCCACCGUUCUGCGCCAUUUCGGUGAAGUCAACUGAAGCUGCGCCAUCUCGACUGAAACUUUUUCAGGUCGAGUUUACGAGCAUUUUCGCCGUCUAAAACGAGGACAUUUGGGUUGAUUGUGUGUAUAUUCGACGCAGCUUUCUCGUUUCGAGAAGAAAAAGCCACCAAGGAGGCGACUUGAGCGGAAAAAAACCGUUUUUCAGCCUGUGGUAAUACGUUAGCUCGCUGGCUAACUAUCUAGCGUAGCGCCUAACCUCGCUCGCUGUAAUCAACUUGUUCCCAGCAGCGCAGCUGACCGUCUAGUUGGCUGUAACGUUACACGUUUCUGAACUCGCAGCCUAUUUUGUUCCCCUUCAAUGUAUCCGCCCUUACCGCCCUGCGGCGGCGUCGAAAUCAUGCUGGGAGAAGUACUGGGUCGUCGCAUCGAAUCGAGCCUGGACGACGUCGAGAACAACAAGCCGCCUUCGGGGGUGGUUUUGACUUCCUCUGCCCGCUCCAACCUCAACUCGUCCCGGCGAGCUUUGCUUAAGAAAGGCGCUCGGCGUGUCCGCACGGCGACGAGCCUGCAGGGCAAACAUGGCCAGAGCCAGGGUCAGCAGCAGCACUACCACCACCAGAGGCAGCUCAGGAGCAAUAACAACCAAGUGCGUCUGGCCGACAUCAACAACAACAACAGCAGCAACGCCGCCUCCAGAACCGCAGCACCAGCAGCCGAACUGCCAGCCAACCGAGCGGCGGGGAACGCGGGGACGCAUUUAAAACCAGGAGCCAAAAAGGAGCUGCUGAAAUCAAAAACAGGAAGGGUGGAAAGAGGAAACCAGUCGAAUGGGCAGUCCAUCCACAGCCCGAACAAGCAUGAGCAGUCCACAUCAAACCUGAACGCACGCAGUCAGAAGAACAGGCUCAACAACACAACCGGCAGCAUUACGCUGGUGAAGAAGUGUGAGGGCAGCAAUCAGCAUAGCCCUCCAUUGUUUCUCAUCGCCAGCCGCAGGGAAGGGAAGAGGCCUCUGAGCGCAGUAGAGGCUAGCAGGAAUGCGAAUGCAUGUCCCGCUCAGCCUUCACCAGAGGAGACCCUCAAAGAUGGAGAGAAAACAUACGCCGGAGCCAAGUUCAGCGAGCCACCCUCGCCGAGCGUGUUGCCCAAACCCCCCAGCCACUGGGUGGGUGAGAACGGCCCUAAACAUUCCGACAGCAGCAGAGAGCAGAUGUCUGUGCAUCUAAAGACCCUGCUGAAGGUCCAAGCCAAACCAUGAUUCGGCAUUUAAACCACUCGUCCAAAUUUGAACUCUGAUCUGUCACCCAAACACCUUAACAGCAUCGGACAAAUUGGCAUCGGACAAUCAGGCAAAAGACUGGAAACAUAGCUUGUUGCAACAGGAAGUAUUGCGUUUCGACCGUAAUUCGGAAAAUGUCUUGCGUUUGUGUUACGAAAGCGGCCUUGUGUUAAAUGGGUUUUUUCUUUUAAACAAACUUGUGUAAAUGUAAAUACUGUAAGACAUGUAAUAUAUGUGUAUAUUUUUUUGAUGUUAAUUUUAACAGAAGAGUAAAUCUAGUUUUGUUACUGAGGCUUAUGAGUCACAUGAUGACGUUCAUCAUGGUAUAUCAUGAUCUGGUGGUAUACUCUUUUAAAGUGUACUGAUAAGCUACAGGAGCCAUUUUUGGGGCACAUUGCAUGUAAGAAGUUUGCUUACAAUUUUGCACAAGACUGAAAAACCAACACGGGUCCCUUUAAGGUGUGAGAAUCGACGAGAGUGUGGCGCUGUAAGGUUCUGUGAACCCGUCCACACGUCUUGUGGCUGCUAUGCCUGAAUGCACUGCAUAGAGAGCCUGCAUUGUUUAUGGAGUGGGACUGUCCAGGAAGGGGGCUCAGCAGACGAUGGAGAGACGGAGCGUAAGUCUAAACGAAAGGACUUUGGUCGCGUAUGAGGAGCACUGCCUACAACUGAAGCAAAACGGACAAAUAACACACAGCAAUUCCAAAACCCUAGGUUUCUUAUCCCAGUCCGCAAGCACUGAUCUUUCUGAUGAUGGAUAAGGACACUUUAUUAUUAUUUUUAUUAUUAUUUUUAUUCCUUUUCCGUAGCAUUCACAGCAUCGCCCUGGUUUUUUUGAAUGUUGUACUUGUCAUACUGAGAAUGAUGUUUACUGCGAAAGAGAAGGCCUAAUUGUUGUGAGGUGUUUACAUGUGUAUGGACAAAGCCAGGCAGCUACCAGCAUUCUUUUCUUUUCUUUCUUUGCUUUUGACUAAACUUUACACAGCCGAAGACAUUUGUUUUUGCAUUACCGAAACCGAACACAUUUUGUUGCAACAAUAAUUGUUUUGAACCUUUUGUCUGCUGUCUGUCUUAAAGAAAACAAAUGAACUUGCAUUCCCAUUUAUUCAAUUGGUAAGAGAAACGUUAUGAACGUUUUUAUUUAAAAUUGUUGAAAUAAAGAAUUUGGCCACCCCUA